UUAUUUCUCUAACAUAAAGGAUAUCUUUUUCGGUAUAAGAUCGUCAUGAAAAGGGAUGAAAAGGAACAAUAAAAAAUAAAUUAUUGUUCAUCUUCAUCCCUUUCGGGGGCGAUCUUAUACCAAUAAAAAUAUACCUUUAUGGUAGGGAAAAUAAUUUGUAAUUAACACAUUUUUGUCUAAUGGUCAAAUGAAAAGGUGAAACAAAGCUUUGUUUCCUCAAAAGAAAAGAUGAAACAAAUCAACACUAAUUCUCUUCCUAAAAAAUAAUAUUAAAUAGUGGAAGAAGGUUGACAUCUCAUCAUAAAAAAAAAUAAAAAAAUAAAAUACAUUUCCACAAUUUUUUUUUUUCAAAUACCAAUGAAGAGAAAAUCAAGUAGAAUUAAGGGACAUCCACCCAAAAAGAGACUUCAAAUUUUAGGUGAUGAUGAAGCUCAAAACAAUGUCACCCUUAGUGAUGAUGUUAUUGAACACAUCAUUUCUUUGCUUCCUCUCAAAGAAGCAAGCCAAACAUCAAUCCUCUCUAAGAGGUUUGAAAUGUCAUGGCAAUUUUCUAAGAAUUUGUGUUUUGAUUUUUCAUCACCAAAAUUAGCAAGAAAAUUUACUAUAACACAAGUAGAAACUUUUAUUAAUCGUGUCAUUGAAAAUCUAGCUUGCGAAAAAGUUGAAACAUUUCGAUUAUGUCUUAAUAAUGCAAAGAGUCUUACUCAUAAUAAGAUUCAUUUGUGGCUAGGGAAACUUUUCUUUAAACAUCCUAUAAUUAUAGACUUGGAUUUUUUAGUUGGAAGGAGGCCUUUUACAAACCCCAUUGAAAUUCCUUUUGAUGUGCUUGAUAACAAGUCCAUAGAAACCCUAAAAUUAACAAAUUGUGAGAUAAAUUUACCAUCAAAAUUUCAAGGUCUUCAUUUUUUACGUUUUUUGGUUCUUAAAUAUAUUAAACUAGAACCAUCUUUUAUCAAAACGGUAAUUGAUAAUUGUGGUCUCUUAGAGUCCUUAGAGAUCGUAAAAUGUGUAGGUUUACGUCAUAUGAAAGUAGAAGCAAUGGCCUUGAAUUUUUUCAAGAUAUUGAAAAUUGUUAAUGUUGUACAACUUCAAUCAGCUUAUGUUGAUGCUCCAACUCUAAACGUUUUUCAUUUUAUUGGAAAUCCUCGAAAUUUUGAUUUUGGAGGGAAGAUGACAGAAUUGAGAGAUGUAAUGCUCAAUUUUGGCAUGACCCCACAUCCUCUUCCAAGGAAUAAACUAAAGAAUUUAAUGAUAAAUAUGUCACAUGUUAGAGUUCUCACUAUUACAAGCACAUUGCUCGAGGUACAUAUCUUUUACUCUCUCUGUUUCUUUUUAUUCUUUAUGUUGGAUCUUAAUACAUGUACGUCUAAUGUACAAAAUAUCUUGUACACCAUGCUUUUUUAUUGGUUGAAAUGACAUAUUUAUUGUCUUUCAUUCUCAUUUUUUAGAGGGUUUGAUGAUGUGUCAAUAAAUUAAUGGCGGUGUACAAGAGAAUCUUGUACACCAGGUGUACAUGUAGCAUUUUCCUUAUGUUCGGUCUUUUGCACGUUUAUUAACGACUAAUUAAUGUAAAUUGAGAUUCUUAUAUUUCUUUUAGUUAAACAAGGAUAAUUACGUUUAUUUAUAAUUUUUUCACUUUUAUCAAAAUUCUGAUAUUGAAAAAAUGAGAAAAACUUAAUGUCUCAAUAGAAAAUUUUAAUGUCCCAAAUCAUUUAAUAAACCAAUGAAUUUUAUUGGUUAAAAUAAUCAUUUAACACAAAUUUUGAUAGAAUAUUAAAACAGAAAAACUUCAAAAACAAAAAGAAACGAAAGGAGUAACAAAAAUAUAUUUCCUCUGUCUCAUUUUAAGUGACACGUUUUGUCAUUUAUAUUUUAAUGGCGUUUUUUUUUUUUUUUGGGUGAUGCUUGCAGGAUCUUUACAAUACUGAUCGUGAAAUAAUUAUAGGAAAAGGAGAACCAACGAAGUACCU